AUGGCUGGUCUCAGCAUCCCUUGGGAACUCCCAGCCAAGGAGGUGGCAUGGUUGAAGCGCGAUGUACUCCUCUUUGCAGCCAGGAUCGGAUGUUCUGUCGAGAAACUGCAAUUUCUGUAUGAGUCCCAUCCUGAAUUUGCCGUUUUUCCAACAUGCCCGACAAUCUUACGUACGUGGACCGCCUUUGGGCAUUUGAUUUCCAAUCGGACACUUCGAGCUUACCUAGAAGCCCCGUCAUUAGCGUUCAAGCUCAAGGAUCAAGAUGUCACCGACUACUUUGCUCGCGAAUCGCUUCCGCUUGUCCCAGGGACGCCCAAGUUUGAUCCGAAGCGUGGCGUUGACGGUCAGCGUAAACUCACGGUUUCCAAACCCCUGCCAACGACGAGGCCCGGGCGAUCUUUCGAGCUUCGCAGUCGAGUCAUCGGUGUCUACGACAAGGGAACCGCCGGCACCAUAAUCGAAACGGAGCAGUGGGUGGACCGAGAUUCUGAUGAAGUGUACUCCCAGGUAAUUGGAAGCGCUUUUCUCGUCGGUCAGGGCAACUGGGGUCGUCCCAAAGGCCAAAAUCCCAAGACUACGACUUUCCCAAAGAUCAAGUGGCCCAUGUGA